AAAAAAAACUCGCUCCUUCAGACAGUAAGUAGAAAAAUGGAGAGACAUUGUUUCAUUGCCACUUUUGUGCUGAUAUUUCAUCUUCUUCAAGCUCAAGAUCAAACCGGAUUCAUAAAUGUGGAUUGCGGUUUACCCUCUCGUGAGUCUCCUUACAACGCAGUCCCAACCGGUUUAGCAUAUACAUCGGAUGCCAGUUUAGUUAGCAGUGGGAAAACCGGUAGAAUCGCCAAGGAACUUGAACCGGACUACUCUAAGCCGAUUUUGACUCUGAGAUAUUUUCCAGAUGGAGUACGUAACUGCUACACCCUAAAUGUCACACGCGACACCAACUAUCUGAUCAAGGCCUCAUUCGUAUAUGGAAAUUACGAUGGUCUUAACGUCGAUCCAAACUUCGACCUUUACUUGGGUCCCAAUUUAUGGACAACGAUGAAUGCUAAUGAUACAAUAGAGGAGAUCAUCCACGUAACGAAAUCCGAUUCUUUACAGGUAUGUCUUGUUAAGACAGGGAUAAGUAUACCUUUUAUAAAUGUCUUGACGCUACGACCAAUGAAGAAAACUAUGUACGUUACUCAAAGCGGCUCACUUAAGUUCUUAUUCAGGAGGUACCUUAGCAAUUCAGAUCUCAAUAUAGGGUAA